AUGCGUUUUGUAUCAGUGAUAAGCAUCUCCGUAUUUUUACUGUCGAUAUGUGGAUUAUCAUCAGCUUCGAGGCCAGAUUUCAUAACGAAAUCGGUCAACCAGUGUAUCGGAGCCGAAUCAUGGACCGGGUGUUUGAAACAGGAGGUCCUUGAGUAUCUGGACGAUAAGUUAGGCACCACGACCGAGGCGCGUUCUCUAGAAUCCGUCGACGAGGCUUUAAUCGUCAGAACUGCGAAAUACUUGAAAAGUUUUGAAUACGGUGUCAAUCUGCCGUUUGUAGACGCGAAAUUAAAGUACCGACCGGGAAGAAGUCUCGCCGAUUUGGAUAUCGAGUUUCAAGAUAAUGAAGUAGCGACUUCUCAAGCACGUGGUUUGUUGAAGAAGAAAUUGCUGCUGCCAAUUUUGCUCCUUCUUAAGCUAAAGCUCAAGGCCUUGAUGCCGAUCUUUGUUGCUCUCAUUGGACUCAAGGCUAUGAAGGCUUUGAUUUUAUCUAAAUUGGCGAUUUUACUUGUCGUUGGAUUUAUUGCUGUUCAAUUCUUCAAGAAAGGCGGUAUGACACCUCCAAUGGGAAUGACAAUGGAGCCUGCACCAGCUGGAUCCUACGGAGCGCCCCCAGCACCAUCAACCACAUCUGGAUACGAACCAGUGAAUACCUGGGACGGAAACGGUCCUUACUCACGUGUCUGGACGCCAAGCAAUGGUGAAACAGCCCAAAAUCUCGCUUACAAUUACUACGCACCAAGUAGCAAUAGCGGUAGCUCAAACUCUUACGGUGCCCCAUUAAGCUCAUCCUCGUCAGCAUCCGCUAGUUCUAGCAGCAGUUCAACAAACUACUAA